AUGGCCUUGUGUCUAGGUAGAACAUGUUUAAAGCAUACUUUUAAAACUUCUGCUAGUUAUUCAGUCAAGUACUCGGUUUUUCGAGUAAAUACGAAUCAGAAUAUCAGAUUGCCCGAUUGGCCAUUAAAAUCUAGCAUCAGAACGUAUUCGACUGAGAAUCAACCUAAAACACCGAACCCAUCAGUUGUUCAAUUCAAAACAGCAGUAGUCGAGAAAGUGGAUUAUCAUCCAAAUGCCGAUAGUUUAUAUGUGUCGCAAGUUCGUGUCGAAGGUGGACCAACAAGCGAAUUGUUAACAGUGUGCAGCGGACUUGUGAAAUAUGUUCCUAAAGAUGAAUUAGAAGGAAGACGCAUUGUGGUGGUCACAAAUCUGAAACCUAGUAAAUUGAGAGGAAUUAAGUCCGAAGCCAUGCUCUUAGCAGCAGUUGGAGAUGACAGUGCAGGUAACAAAAAGCUCGAAUUGGUCUCUCCGCCAAAACAGGCAGCACUUGGUGAGACACUAUUUUUUGACAAAUAUCCAAUUUCACAAAGUCAACAAGUGCCAUUGAAAUCAAUAAAGUCCAAAGUUUGGCAAGAGGUGCAAAAGCAGCUUUUUGUAAAUGUCAGCCACGAAGUCAUAUUCCGGGACCAUGAACUGGGAGACCUGGUACUUAGAAACGAUGCAGGCGAUCCUGCCACAGUAGCGAGUCUGACCAAUGGUACCGUAAGUUAA